AGUUGGCUUUGGAAGCCGCGGCCGAUAUUUUGUGUGUUUCCGUUCGUAACUGUUUAUCCUCGUUAAGAUAUCCUGCACCGGGCGAUCGUCAUGCCGAAACCGGAUGGAACCACUUCCAUCCGAAUCGUGAGCGUCGAUUUCUACCUGAGCAAGCCGGAUCCGCAGUUCGACGUCUGCCGCUCGGAGUUCCGGGGGUCGGAGAUCAAGCAGGUUCCCGUGGUGCGGCUGUUCGGAUCCAGCUCGACCGGUGUUCACAGCUGCGUGCACAUCCAUGGCGUGUUUCCGUAUUUCUACAUCCCCUACGAGGGAUCGGUGUCGGACCGGCUGGUGGUGGGCCAGCGCAUCUACCAGUUGGCCACCGCGCUCGACAAAGCCCUCAACGUCUCACUGGCCCAGUCCAACUCGCGAACUAUUCACGUUUUCAACAUUUCGCUUGUAAAAGGAAUCCCGAUCUAUGGUUACCAUAAGCAGGAGCACCACUUUUUGAAGAUUUACCUGUUCAACCCGCUGCUGGUACGGAAGGCAACGCAGCUGCUCAUGAACGGAGCCAUCCUUUCAACCACCUAUCAAGUGCUUGAGACGCAUGUGCCCUACAUCUUGCAGUUCUUCAUCGACUACAAUCUGUAUGGAAUGAGCUUCUUGAAUCUGGAAUCGAAAGGAUUGCGCCAGCGAAAGGACGACGGCUCAGAUCCACCGAAAAUGUCUACGUCCGAGUACGAGAUCGAUGCGCUAGCCACAGCUAUCUUGAACCGUGCACCGCACCGAAGGGACACAAGCGAGUUCGCCAAUCCCGGCAUCGCCUCCAUAUGGGCCGAUGAGCAAGCGAGACGCCAACUGUUUGGAAUGGAGCAACCGGAACGUCUCAAUUUGUCACAAGACAGUGGUCCCACGGUUGAAGUUGUCACGGAAAGCGAUCGUUUCUAUCGUGCUCUACUGGUCUCGAAGUUAUUAAAACAGCAAACCGCACCAGCGGAUGCCGGAAGUCGUAAAAAGGUUCCCUGCUCGGCCUAUCCUUCGGAGGUGGCUGAGGGUGAAAAUCUCAUGGACGCGUCGUUCAUAGCGAACCACACUAGAAGCAAUCAGAGCAGCCAGAGCCUCUAUUCGUCACAGAUGAGCUACCACUUUGAUACUUCCAGCUGCGAGGUGGAUGAAGAGAAAAUCCUUUCGAUGUCGCAGAACCCAGAUGUAACGUUGGAUGAGGACGAUAUGCGAGUGUUGGAAAUGAUGCGGGCACUGGAAGAAAACGAAAAUCAGAAUUUCGAAGGAGACUGUCUGCUGGCACCACUUUCGCAACGGAGCGGAGAGAUCAAUCGUAGUGCCAUGCCGGUAAUGUUGAACCUUUCCCAAGCGAACAAACGACUAAACGCGUCACUGUGCGGAGACUUGGAAGCAGUUUGCCUGAUGAAUGACAAGACAGAAAACUCGGAGCAUGAUGCCAGCUUCGAUUCGUCCGAUGAUGAAUUUCUGCUCGACUUAACGCAAAAACAAAAUAUUGUAGAGAAUGAUGGCGAUAGCGAGUAUUUAAGCGAUAGUGGGGAUUUACUGCUGGUACAGGGAGGUCUGAUUCCUCAACUGGACGGUGGCGAUGAUACCUUUUCUCCUCGUACAUCCAAACGCGAGAGGAAAAGCAUUGGGACGAUUGCGGACGGUGAUACGGCAGCCAAGCGAGCUCGUUCACAUCUUAACGAAUCCCCCGCAAAACUAACACCUCGCAGAGUCUCGUUCGCUAAUCCGAUUUCUCUCGAACGAGACGAAAUCAAGCGAGGACUACUUUUGUCACAUUUUGAAGCCUCAUCGCCAAACACUCUCAAAGAGUGUAUAAUAAGUCUGCCGAGGUUAGAUCUUUCGAGUGAGUAUCGUCUGACGGCAGGUAGCAGCUCCCCAGACUCGGAAGAGGAAUCUACUAGCAACACCAGCCAACCUAGCAUACCUUUGAAGGAAGUUUAUGUCCGUCUGGAUAGACUACCAUCUCCUUACGAGCUGGAAUCGCCGACAGCUAGUAAUCGAGGAAAGCGACUGAACAAGUCCGUUCUUUCGUUGAAACCAAAACACGGACCACCGAGGCCCAAGCGCCCGAAAUAUGAACCACAAGAGGUGGAGUUGGUUUUGUCGGAACAGUUCAAAAACAUCAUUCGACUGUCACCAAAGGUGUUGAUAAAGCCACUGUUGAUGCCACCGGGAACUAAUUUUAUUUCAUUAGCUGGCGAAGGUACGUCCAAAGCCAGGCCUGUAUCCCUCGAUGGUUCCACUGGAGACGGAGAUUCAAAAGACACAGUCGAACCGGAGAAUGAAGUAAUGGAGGCCGAGAAUGCUACGGUAUCUGUAUCCCUCGAUGGUUCCACUGGAGACGGAGAUUCAAAAGACACAGUCGAACCGGAGAAUGAAGUAAUGGAGGCCGAGAAUGCUACGGUAUCGAUAAUCGAUGUGCCUGAAACUCCUCCAGAUUUAUCGCUAAAGGAUCCAGUACAAUCGACAGCAGCUGAUGAACCUGAAACAGUGA